CAGGUGGAGCCAUUAAAAUGGCACGUGCUAUUCUCAGCUAACACGUUGGACACCUCAAGAGGAAAACAAUUGACUCGGAGCGACGGUGCAGCUGAAAAGAGGCGUCAGCAGAGAUCAUGGCACCAAAGAAAGGCAUUCUGGAGCGCCUGGAUGCAGGAGAGGUGGUCAUCGGAGACGGAGGGUUUGUCUUCGCCCUGGAGAAGAGAGGCUACGUGAAAGCGGGGCCGUGGACUCCAGAGGCCGCAGCGGAAUACCCCGAAGCAGUGCGGCAGCUGCACAGGGAGUUCCUGAGAGCUGGCUCUAACGUCAUGCAGACCUUCACCUUCUAUGCAAGCGAUGAUAAACUGGAGAACAGAGGGAACACUCAGCGCUUCACCGGGGAGCAAAUCAACGAGGCGGCUUGCGACCUGGCCAGGGAGGUGGCCAACGAGGGCGACGCUCUGGUGGCGGGCGGAGUCUCGCAGACGCCCUCGUACCUCAGCUGUAAGAGCGAGGAGGACGUCAAGGCCAUCUUCAAGAAGCAGAUUGACGUCUUCGUCAAGAAAAACGUCGACUUCCUGAUCGCAGAGUACUUUGAGCAUGUGGAGGAGGCUGAGUGGGCCGUUCAGGUUCUGAAGACCUCUGGAAAACCCGUGGCUGCGACUCUGUGCAUCGGACCCGAGGGAGACCUGAACGGAGUCAGUCCUGGGGAUUGCGCCGUCAAGCUUGUGAAAGCAGGGGCAAACAUUGUCGGCAUCAACUGCCACUUUGACCCAGAGACCUGCGUGAAGACCGUGAAGCUGAUGAAGGAGGGAGUGGAAAAGGCCGGGCUGAAGGCCCACUACAUGUCCCAGCCGCUGGGCUACCACACUCCCGACUGCAACCGACAGGGAUUCAUCGAUCUUCCCGAGUUCCCGUUCGCCCUGGAGCCCAGAAUCCUGACCAGAUGGGAGAUGCAGAAAUACGCCCGGGAAGCGUACAACGCCGGCAUUCGUUACAUCGGCGGGUGCUGCGGGUUUGAGCCCUACCACAUCCGUGCUGUUUCUGAAGAGCUGGAACCUGAGCGGGGUUUCCUUCCUGCCGGCUCCGAGAAGCACGGCAAAUGGGGCACCGGCUUGGAGCUGCAUACCAAGCCCUGGGUCAGAGCCAGGGCCCGUCGGGAAUACUGGGAGAAACUACAGCCCGCCUCCGGGCGGCCAUUUUGUCCUUCGAUGUCCAAACCCGACAGCUGGGGUGUCACCAAGGGACACGCUGACCUGAUGCAACAGAAAGAGGCCACCUCCAAGGAGCAGCUGAAAGUGCUUUUUGACAAAGCCACCCAAAAUGCCUGAGCUCCCCGUCCCUUCUCCUGACACCCCAAAAUAAAUCCUCCUCUGAAUAAAAGCAGAAAAAAAUGAGUGACAUUCCCUCAGACUUCACAAACCAAAACUGCCUAAUCUAACCCUGUCUCCAAGUAUCUGUUAGGACUCAACAAGCAGUCUGAGUCAGAUCAUAAACCAUGUCAAGUAACUGUACUGCAAGCUUCAAACUCGUGCCAUAACACUCCAAAAGUGUCUGAUGUUGUGUGAAACAAUAAAUGAACGAAUAAAUCAAGCGAACCAAA